GGCGGCGAUGGGGCUGCUGUCGAACCGGGUGGAGCGGUCGGAGAUCAGGCCCGGCGACCACAUCUACACCUGGAGGGCCGUCUACGCUUACGCCCACCACGGUAUUUACGUCGGAGGAAGCAAAGUGGUCCAUUUUACGCGAAAGAAGGAGGUUGAAUCUUCAAAUUCGUCCAACUCCUUCUCCAGCCUGAUCUCAUUCUCAGAGGCUUCAUCGGAGUGCCCAACAUUCCCAGACUGUGGUUUUCAGCUGUCGGAUAGCGGUGUCGUACUUACCUGCUUGGAUUGCUUUCUUGGCAAUGGCUCACUCUACUGCUUCGAGUACGGAGUGCCAUCUGCGAUUUUCCUUGCGAAGCUGCGAGGGGGAACCUGCACCAUUGCCCAAUCAGACCCAUCUGAGGUCGUGGUCCGGAGAGCUAUGCACCUGCUUCAAAAUGGGUUUGGCAACUACGACAUAUUCGAGAAGAACUGCGAGGACUUUGCACUCUACUGCAAGACUGGACUUAUUCCCGCCGAUGAGCCAGGCAUCGGGGCAAGUGGGCAAGCAUCAGCCGCCGUUGGGAUCCCAUUGGCAGCUCUUAUGUCGAGUCCAUUCAAGAUGUUUGCCGCCGGUCCACUCGGGAUGGCCACUGUCACGGCUGGGAUGUACUGUGCUGGUAGAUACAUCACUGACCUAGGAGUAAGGAAGGAUGUCACCAAAGUCGAAGUGGAGAACCUAUCGUCACACCUUGGUUUCCGCCGCAUUGAAGAUGCAGAAUCGGUGAACAGCAGCCCAGAUAAAGUGAAGAAGACCUUGCUCCCAAUGAAGAGAAAACGCGAGAGGUGACUUCCGCGAUACGGUCUGGGAGCAUAGACUUCUCUGCACUACAUCGAUAAUUGGUGCAGAUAUGUGGAUACUAUAUCAAAUCUAUGCUUCAGUAUAAUAAGCUUGAUAUAUAUAGCCAUAGAUAUAAUGUAACUGUGAAGCGUGCUCUCAUUUAGUUGAGUGCACACUUCACACCAUCAGUUGAAUAACUCUCCAAACUGGAUCUGUGAUGGAAAUUUCACAGUUUGGUCUCUAAAUCAGAUGUGUUUCUACCAUUUAGUCUAUUAAUAUGAUAAGCUCUCAUUCA